AUGGAGGCUGAUGCCAAUACCAAGUUCUUUCACAGGUACGCCUCUCAUCGUAAAAAGAAGAAUACUAUUGCCAGACUAAUGAAUGAUAAUGGGGAUUGGGUGGAAGGGGAACCCAUGAAUAAUGUUAUUUUGGAAUAUUUCAAUCGUAUUUUUUGCUCUGAAAAUCCGGGAUCUGGGGAGAGUUUUUUUGAGGGAAUUGUCCCGCGGGUCACUCAGGUACAGAAUGAGUUGUUGUUACGGCCUUUUGAAUUUGAUGAAGUGAAAUCGGCCCUGUUUGCAAUGUUUCCUGAUAAGGCACCGGGCCCGGAUGGAAUAAACCCAGGGUUCUAUCAGCAUUUUUGGGAUGUGGUAGGGGGGAUGUUGAUUAUGGCAAAGAUGAUAACAAAUAGAAUGAAACCGCUGAUGGAAGGAGUCAUAUCAGAAUUGCAGAGUGCCUUUAUUCCAGAUAGGCUUAUAACUGAUAAUAUUUUGGUAGCAGUGGAGGUGGGUCAUUUUUUGAACAGGAAACAGUGUGGCAUGCUGUGGUGGAGUGCUCUGAAGCUUGAUAUGGCAAAGGCCUAUGACCGGAUGGAGUGGCCUUUCCUGGAAAAAAUGAUGUUAGCUUUGAGUUUUGAUGUUGGAUGGGUGCAGUUAAUCAUGAAAUGUGUAUCUACAAUCUCAUAUAAUUUAUUGGUGAAUGGCUCUAGGAGUGAUCCUAUUUUACCCACACGUGGUUUAAGGCAGGGAGGCCCACUAUCUCCUUAUCUUUUUAUUAUUUGUGCAGAGGGCCUUUCUUUGUUAUUACAGAAGGCUCACAAUAGGGGUUUGAUCCAUGGAUGUAGAGUGGCAAGAGGUGCUCCCCCAAUCUCUCACUUGUUCUUCGCUGAUGAUAGCCUUCUAUUUUUUAAAGCCAAUGUUCAAGAGGCCAGUGAGGUCAAGAGGUGUCUAUCAGUUUAUGAGGAUUUAUCUGGGCAAGUGGUUAAUUACCACAAGUCAAGCAUAUGUUAUAGUAGGAACACGAGUAACGCAAGUAAGGAAGUGGUGGAGCAAGUUCUGGGAGUUGGUCAGGCUCCUAAUUUUGGCAAGUAUUUGGGACUCCCCUCAUUUGUAAGGAGAAACAAAAAGGCAGCUUUUGCAUAUAUAGAGGAUAAAAUCCGGCAAAGAAUUGGGUCACGGAAUAAGAGGUUAUUAUCACAGGCAGCGAUUGAGAGGACUAUGAAUCAUUACUGGUGGGACUCUGGAACUGAUAGAAGGAUACAUUGGAAGGCUUGGGACAAACUGUGUGUUCCUAAGAAAUAUGGGAGAUUGGGAUUCAAGGAGUUGCGUGCUUUUAACCUGGCUAUGUUGGGUAAACAGGCGUGGCGAAUGCUUACUAAACCUGAGUCCCUGGUGGCUCGUAUAUAUAAAGCACGGUAUUAUGCCAAAGGCUCAUUUUUUGAUGCACAAGUGGGGAAUAAUCCUAGUUUAUGCUGGCGGAGUAUUAUGGCAGCCAAGAGUAUAAUUUGCAGUGGGGUAAGACGUAGGAUUGGAAAUGGGGAGUCUACACUCAUAUGGACCCAUCCCUGGUUACAGGACGACCAAGACCCCAUGAUACAAACAGAGAUGCCAAUACAGUUACAGGAUGCCAAGGUGGUGGGAUUGAUUGAUCAACAAACACGGACUUGGGAUCUUUCAAUUUUAACUGAUCUUUUUCAUCCUAGUGAUGUGGCAAAUAUUCUAAAAAUACCAGUUUCUCCGGAUUAUGAUGAUACUUGGUAUUGGCCCGGGGACCAGAGAGGAGUUUAUUCUGUAAAAGGCGGAUACAGAUUAAUAGUUGAUUUUGAUGGGAUGUUAUAUGCAGCAUCAAUCCUCUACAAUAUUUGGAGAGCACGGAACGGGGCGGUUUGGAAUGCUCUAUUACCACAGCCACAAUCUUUGUUGGCAGCAGUGAAGUCGGCAUUGCAUGCAUGGAAGAGGGCAAACCCACCAGCAGUCCAAAGUCACGCACCACUGCCUACAACGCAAUCUCAUCAUCUUGGCUCUCAUGCGCCACUCGGGCCUCACGGUACUGUACAGGAGGAGCCACCUCGGAGGCUAUGCCGCAUCGACGCAAGGUUUAUACAAAAUAUGGGCAAGGCUACGGUUGGGGAAAUCCUCUUAGACAUGAAUGGAGGGUAUGUCGCGGCCUUCAGUGCACCCCUCCCGGUUUAUUUCUCACCACUUAUAGCCGAGGCAUUGGCAUGCAAGGAGGCUUUGUCAUGGUUAAAGGAUCGAGGGGAACAGAACAUCGAAAUAUAUACUGAUUGUUUAAUGCUACAGCGUUAUCUUACUACACCGUCUACUACGUUUUGCACUUACGUCGGCUAUGCCAUUGAUGCCUGCAGAGCAGCCACAGUUUAUUUUCAGUCUUUUUCUUUCCAUUUUAUUCCUAGACUAGACAAUUUUAUAGCUCAUGCCUUAGCUACUUCAGCAUACCAGCAAUCGGCUGCUAUGUACUGGGAUAUUCUCCCACCAGACAUUAUUUCGACAUACUUUUAA